AGCGGUUAUCGACGGGACGGUCGCGAGUCGCGAUAGCGGCCAUUUGCAUUCGUGGUGUCGGUGACGGAUCGCAGUCCGAAUGGAGAGCGUACCGUCUCGAUCGCGGAUAUAGCGUGCUCAGCGACCUGCGUUAUCCCCGUCGUUCGUGGAAAUGGCGAGGUCGGGUAGUGAUGUCUCGAGGACCGUGUAUGCGAAUACGAUUCAAGAAAAUGAGAGGAGGCUGCGUGAGGCGCGAAUUAAGAAUCAGGGAAAAGGUCGAAUCAGACAUGACCUGAACAAACUAUUUAGCAAGCUCAACCAAGCUGUGGAAGCGAGCUCACUGAAAUCUGUAGACAAAUCGAGCUCAUCAUACAACAAAAAUGUUUCGAGAUGCUGGUACGGUCCAGUUCUGGGAUUUCCACCUGGAUCCUGGUGGGGCAUACGCAUGGACUGUUCCAGGGAUAAGAUGCAUGAGCCUUUCAAUGUUGAUGUACAUGAGGGACCGUUUGGUGUUAUCUCUAUAUGUACCUCGCAUACCAACGUGAAUGAGGACGUGGAUCUUGGUGAUUAUUUAACGCUUACCGGACAGGUGUAUCAUAAGGAACAACCUAGCAUGGAUCCAUUCAUUCGCAACUAUAAAAAUCAAAUACCAUUGAGAUUAAUAAGAAGUUACAAUCUACAAGAUAACAUCGCGCCUAACACUGGAUACAGGUACGAUGGACUCUAUGUAGUCAUAAGCUGUUGGAUUGGCAUGGCUUUGGAUGGAACCAAGUACAACAAGUUCGCGUUGAUGCGUCUCGCGAAUCAGGAGUCGCCCAGCUGGAGUAGCAAAGGCUCGGAAGAAUUGUCUUCCGUGCGACAUUGUAUUCCAUUGCCAAAGUCGAAUCAUCUAAAUACAUACGACUUGAGAAAAUGCUCGAAUAAUAUCGGUAUUACUUGCCGAAAGCGAAAACUUAGUUAUGGAGACAGUCGCGAAAGUCUCCCAGUUACUAAAACGCUACCGUCGGUUGACAUCAGCAGACGGUCUGCGCCCGAGAGUUCCAUUGUCACGCGUCAUGUUUUUAAAAAACUACCGAAUAACACGGAAAGCGCGAUAUCAACUUCUGUACCUGAUCAAAAGAUGUUGUUGUGCCUUGGUUCGUCGGCUAUUAAAACUCAUAAUACAAACAUCUCGAUACGCAUGGGUCUGUACGAGUCGACGCAUAAUUCGCAGGACGCGAAGAAGAGCGUCUCAACGAUGUUGCAGAAGCCUUCCAAGCCGAUCGACAUCACUAUUCGUACGGCAUUAGAUAUGGAAGGUAGUCGCUUGACACCUAAGGAGGACGCCAAGCCUAGUAUGGACAAGACGCGAGUGAAUUCUCAGCAAAGUGAAAACGUAUCCUAUAACGGACAUGUAGCCGAUAACAUAAAUACUUUUUCGUUGAACAAAUGUAGAGAAAAUUUGUCGUCGAUAGUCGUAAACUCGUCAGAACAUUCUUAUUGCAUAUCUUCAUCGUUAGAUAGGUCCAAUACUACGAAUAGUGCAAAUACUACGAUCGAGCGUAAGGAACAACUUCAAAAUGCUCAAUGCCAGGAUGUACAAAACUUGAAUACUGAUAAUGAACCGACACAGAAAUCAAAUUCCAGGAAUGAAUCACCGAGGAAUUCGGUUACGACAUACGAAAGAAUCUCCGAAUUCCACGACGCUUCGGAGAUACCGAGUGAAUCUUUCUGUGCGCAAAACAUCAAAUCCUUGGAUUCCUUAACGCCGGAUAAAAUCUUAAACUUGAUCAAUAAGGAAAUACAUCAUCCUAUGUCCAAGUUACUAAUCGGAAAUGUGAUAGGGCUGACGACCGAAGAAUGCGCGAUGUGGAACGCAUCGAAAAGAGAAACCACUCCGGAGACCAAGAGCAAGAAGUACGUACCGACGAACGUAAAUCUUAGAAAGAAGCGUAAAGAAACAGAUAAUAUAAAGGAAAACGUUGCGAGUUUGGACAACAGAAGAUACUGUAAAUAUUCCAAAUCUGAAAGAUUAUUUUGGAAAGUAACCAAGCAAGCGGAUGGAGAAAAAUUCGACAACUUGCUAUCCGGUGUAGAUCGCCAAUCCUGUAACGACGCGGAUCAGAAACAUAAUAAUAACAUUAGGAGGAGUGAUCGUAAUUGCAUGUCCAAGAAGAACAAUGAGUAUUUAUCGCCGUUUCGUGUAAAGAGUUCGCUUCAGACUAUCGCGCAACACACUCGCAGUUCGUAUGAUAUAAAAACUCGUCUAAGGACUGACAAGAAAACAGUAUUGGUAAAGCCGAAGUUUCCUGACUCGUCAAUUAAGAAAACUAAGUACAAGAAACGAGAUAGAGAAAUUGCCAACUUGUCGAUAGACGCUAAUUUUGGUCCCAUGACACGUGGACCCAGAAACAGGAGAUUACGAUGCAAAAACAAUGCAUACUUAAACUAUUGCAAUACCUUCAAUACCAUAAUAUAUUCCAACAAGCGAUACAAGUCUAGUUUUAAACGGAAGGGCAAACUGACCAAAAUCAAUCGUGUCGGAGAGAGACAAACAAAAAAUAAGUAUAGGUUGACCAAUACCGUGCACGCAAAUAAGAAUAUUAACAGUUCAAUUGAGAAGCAAAAAACUCUUAGAAAUAAUCUUAGUAAUGAUAAUAAUGAAAAUCACAAUAAUCAUAAUAAUAACAAUGUUAAUAAGAAGAAAGAGAAUGAAAUCGUAACAGUUGAUCAUGCUAUCACCAAGACUUCCUUCGACAGGAGUCGAAACAAGCUGACACGGACAAUUCCUUUAUCACAUCGUACUGCUCAACCGCGUUUACAUUGCUUUCGCAAAAAACAGGAGAAACCCAGCACGAUGGACGCGACGACACAGUGUAGACUUAUCUCUGAUAAUCCGGAAGUUUAUGUUAUUGGACAGUUAAACGAUCAAAGAGCUAUCUUGAAGAUGAAAUGGGAUAAAUUGGAAAAAUUGAAGGAAUCCGUGUUGGACGUGUGCGAUCAAGGACCCCAGGUUCAAUUGCGAAUCUGCGCUACUUCUACGCUCACAGAGGAUAACACGAGUCGCAAAAGCGACGAGGAAUAUGCGGAUUCCCUGCAAGAUAGAACGUCGGCUUUUGUGCCAGUGAAUGCAUUCGAUAGCGAUUUACGGAUCGCGCGGCUCAGGUCGAUCGGCUUCAAACCUAUAAUUAAUCCGCAAUCUCCACUGGCUGCCCACGACUUGGAAAUCAUACAGAAUGCGUUUGUAACUACGAGCAAAGUGACGAAGCGCGAUGUUGCUGAGGAGUAUCACAAGUACGCAAAUAACGAGGAUACCAACGCAGUCGUUUAUAUGGAUGACGAAUUACAGUAUCAAGAUAUUGAAGAAGAGGAAGAAAACGAUGAGAAACAAUUUACUGCAAGCACGUCGCUAAAGUCAACAUUAAGAGGAGUACAAUUAAAAACCGGUAACAUACUUCCGGAAACAUUACCCUCGCGCGAAAACUUGGAAUCCCCUUGGCAUGGCUGGAAGAAGAUUGUGACGAAUAAUCAAUCAUAUUGGAUUGGCUGGUAGAUGAUAGACAUAGGAUAUUGGUGGAAAUUCAAAUAAAGGUGCUUUUCGCUAUUGCGAUCAGAAAAAUGAACCGUUUUAUCCAAACAUGUACAAUAUUAUAUCUUUAUUUUUUGCCAAAAAGUAA